UGGGUUUGAGAGUGAUACGUUGUUAAAAGGAAACAAAGGCCAUCGAUUGAGAUCAAAGUCAAUAACCGAAUUAAAAUCACCAGUUGACAUUACCAAUAUUUCUGAUUUAAAAGCUUCAGAAACCAGUGAACCAACUCUUCACCCUAUUUCACCGCAUACAACAUUCACAGGGACAGUAGAGAAAUUAUAUAACUUGAUAAUGACGAGUGGAUUUGUAAAACGCUUUAUUGUUGAAGUGGAAAAAUGUACAGAGGUUGAAAUUGGAGAAUGGGAAACGAAAGAUGGUAAAUUGAGACGAUCAUCAAGCUUUAUAAAACCAUUAAAUUUCUCAAUAGGUCCGAAAAGUACAAAGUGUUAUAUAGAAGAUGAAUGUUUGCAUAAAUCUUUCGAUAA